AUGGGCUCCGUCCACAACCACCACAUGACUGCCGUGGAGAGUGGUGGGCAAGACUACUUCUCCGUGAAGUUUAUGCGGGCCUUUGGAGCAAGCCACGGCUCGAAGUACGAGACGGACUGGACUGGCAUUCCGCACAUCAAGGACAGUGUCUUCGUCGCAGUUCUCCCAGAGAACCUCGAGUGGAAAGAAUCCAAAAUGGGUCAGUCCAUUCUGCUGCCGCAGAACGAACAGUUCCUGGUUACGGAUUCCAUGUGGAUCAACCUGGGCAAGUCUCCAGUCUUCAAAGGCUGCUCGAAAUGCUGGUCCUUUGCGAAGUGGCGCCAGGGUGUUCACACGUACAGGAUGAGCGGACUGAGCUUCAUCAACGUCACCAGGAAGCUCCGAGUCUACAAGAAGGCCGGUUGCAAGCUCUACCCGUACGAAGAGAGAUUCCCAAAAUUCGGAUUCGGUUGA